AUGUUUUUGUCCCGUUUCUGGGUUUUUGUUUCAAUGAUUCUAAUUGCCACCUGUUGUUCGCGCAUCGAUGGUUUUUGGUUCUUCUCUUGUCCCCAUGGUAACGGUCUUGGACACGCCGGUGAUGUUUGCUCAGCUUUCUGUCGUUGCCAUCCUUCAAACACUUGCGAGGCGGGAAUACAGAAAUGCGCGCCACCUGGAAGGUACAGAGACCGCUGUCAUGCGACGAGACCGUGCGCGACUGGGCUCAGUUGUCAUCCGGGAGUUCAGAAAUGCUUCCACGUGCCUCGUCGUCAUGGUGAACCGUGUGUAAUGGGUUAUGCAUGUGGCAGCGGGCUUUCUUGUGAGCCAGGAGUUCAGGUUGGUUAAACCAAACAGUACCUUACUACAAGGUAGAACUGGCAGGUUCAAUUCUUUCAAUUUGAAUCUAAUUUAUGAGAUGAAAUAAUUUUUCAGGCCUGUUUUCACCAUCCUCGCCAAUACGAGGAGCCUUGUUCUGCGGGAUAUCCCUGUGCCCCGGGACUCAGCUGCCAACCAGGUUAUCAGAGAUGCUUGCAUCACCCGAGGCUGGAAAAUGAGAGAUGUUCAGCAGGAUACACAUGCGCUGAUGGUCUGGACUGUAGACUGUGCGACAAGCCAUAUGCUACUUGUCAGCUGUCACGCGUACCCUCUUUGACAGAGCAGGUACUGGGUAUUCAUAUACAGAAUUAAACUUAUAUGAUUUGCAUAACAAUCAUAUGUUUGAAAAAAGUACAUCGAUGAUAAGGUAAUGAGCUUCAAGGCAGCUGGUUUUCGAGAAUUUGAAUUACAAAGAGAAAUCGUAAAGACUGGACCAAGGAAAAUAUUACAUAGAUCCAAAAUAUGUAUUCAUCGAUUGCACGUGUUCCCUAGGACUAUGGCAGACCCUUUAACAAAGUGGCAUUCCUUGUUACCCAUAACUCCUUUUCGCAUUCUCCAAAUUUUGCUGUAUGGGCACGCAAUCAACGUUUUAGCGUCAGUCAGCAGUUAAAGGAUGGUGUGCGUGGUUUCAUGUUAGACAUAUAUCCAGGUAAAAUCACCUCACACCUUGUUUUGUUUUGCUUCUUUGAUGUUUUCUUUGUUAGACACAUAGGGAAAAGAACGAUGAGGUAGCUAAGACAUUCACAGACAAAGGAAAAUAUCCCGUAAAAUCUAAGCUUGAGUGUUCUCGUUGUUCUUCUUCGUUACUUUCCUCUUUAGGGUGGGGCGCGGCGGAGGUUCGUCUUUGCCACUCGUCUUGUUUCUGGAGUGGUUCAACAGACUUGUUAAGCACACUGAUUGAAAUCAGAAAAUUCCUGGAGAGUGACAUCCGAGUGGUCAUUACAAUUAUCUUUGAGGAUUACUUAAAAAACCCCACGAUCUUGAAAAACGUUUUUGACCAGGCAGGAAUUUCUCCGUAUGUGCUACUGAAGGACAAUUGGGGUGACGGGUUCACCGAUUGGCCCACUCUAAACGACAUGCGCAGACUAGGUAGACUGGUUGUGUUCAACAAUAAUGGCCUUCACGGAUUCCCUUAUACUGAGUUCAACAUGUGGAGAUAUGUUAGAGAGAACCGCUAUGGAACCCCAAGUAGAAAAAAGAGGGUAUGUUCUCGCGUGAAAGUUUUAUACCAAACUAACAAUUCACUAUCAAAUAUGCAAGGGAAAAAUCUGUACACGAGUCAAAUGGCCCACCCAGGCGGAGUUUAUCCCGGUUUCAAUAGCAAGAAGCGACUCAGAGUAUUAGCACUCUUUCCUGGACGGGAUGUUAGUUCAUUGCAAGGUUACCCCCCAGCAUUUCAUCAAGUUUCCCGGACAAUUUGCCGGUACCCAUUUAUACUCCUGGGUAAAGAGAGGUGCUGUGAGACCCGGACCUCUGGACAAUGAACCAUCAUAGGGUUUAGGGUUAGGGUUACCCGGAGUCAGUAGUGCACUAGGGCCACCGUGUCUCCCACCCCUAGCGAAGAUACAAAUUUCUCUUAAAAUGUACAGUUACUGUAGAGAGUGGACUCCUAAGUUCUGCUUGACACCUCUUGACUGUUGGAAGGUUUGAUAAUUUUGUCCCUUUUUUUUAGUAACCUUUUGUCUCUUUCGUCUUACUCGUUGUCACAAUGGGUUUGUAAGUUAAGCACAACAAAUGAAAUCUUUUCUUUUUCAACGUGCCAUAAAAUCUCGUGCAGGAAAUUGUGUUUCGGCUGAACUUUCUCAGAUCUUAAUUUCUCUUUUUCGAAGACCUCGUUUUUCGCUGAUCUCUGUUUGCUCCUUAAAGGAAUGUGUAGACCGCGGAGAGUCUCGGUGGAAUGUUGACUGGAAUGACCACUGGAGCCUGGUGUUGGUAAAUUGGUUUAAUACCCUGGCCAAUCCUCUUCAGCCAUGUCUUAAUUCUUUCGAGGAGAUAAGAGAGAAGUUAAACACUUGCCAUGACAAAUUUGGUUAUUGGGCAAAUUUUAUAGCGGUCAAUUAUUACACCGCAGGCUCAGGAGGCGGAGCUUUUCAAGCUGUCAAAUGGCUGAAUAAUAAGUUCAAGGGUAAGUGAAGGUCGGGGGUAAUUGUUAAUUGGGUAUCGUGCUGUUUGUUUUGAUGACAUAAAAAGUAUGGGAGGUUCAAAUUUAUUUAAGGUUUUCAUAUUCACCUUCAACAGCUACCCUUGGGUCUGGAGCUGAAGUCGUGCCGAUGCCUGCUAAUCGCUAGCGUAGGCGAAAUAAUUUCAGUUGAAACACUCUUGUCGCUGUGACAGGUUUCCGAGACCCUCCUUUUUCCUUUGCCAGAUAAAUUACUAAAAGAUUUCGUCUCCACUAAGUCUAACAAGCCUCUGUAUCGAGCACUGAUAAAAAAAAAUGAUAAAAGGUUAAAAAACAUUUCCUUAUUUUCUUGACACGCCUGUUAGAAAUUUGCUUUUAUUUCUUGAUCGAUAAUCUUAGCUGAGAUGAUUUGACCUUCCCUUGUAAUAAUUUUACCUAACGCCUGGUUUGAUUUUACCCAUAAGCCAUGAAAGCGCGCUCUGAAAUUUGAAAUCGUUCGUCUUCCUUUAUGUCUGUAUUUAGGGGAAACUUCAGUCUCAAAGAUAAGAAAAGCAUCACUUAUUCCAUUCCCUGACAUGGUCACUCAUUGGGAUACAGCCAAUCAACAGCGUCAGACGAAACCCAUUCCAAGGCAAGACAUGAUUGACGGACCAGGGUAUGGUAAAGGGUUUCACACCCUGUCAGAUGUUCUUUCUCGUAUACUGAAACACCGUCUCUUUAAAUGGGGAGAAAGAAAGAACACAACUAAAAUCAUCAGCAUUGCUUCAGCAACAAAUAUCACGGCUUCAAACGCUUAUAUGGCUUCACAAGGGAAGAUUUCAUCAAAUGAAAAACAUAGCCAAGAUAGUCAGCUCGGGAAAUUAUCGACAAUAUUUCAAGAUUUUGGAGGAAAUGAUACAUUUUUGAAACGAAAUGAUCCUUUAAGAAACCAUAGAAUCCAAAUUAACCACGAUUUGAGAGAGACAACACAAUGGAGAGUUUCCCGAUCAAGG